AUGAAGGUGGAAGAGGAGACGGCUGGGGUUGGAAAGCUGGAUCCUACGGUCUACAGGAGGAGACAGCCAGGUCAAGAUUUUCCUUCAAUACAUAUUGGGUUUCCAGUCCCCAGUUACACUCAAAGGAAAAGUGACUCAAAGGGACAUCUUUCAGGCCUGCCAAAAGUGCAGUGGGCUCUGCAGCCGGACAAGCCACAGCAGGAGCUGGCUGGCCCAGGGGUCAGGGCCAGCGGCCAGGAAGGCGGCGUGGAUCUUACCAAAAGGACUCGGUCUCCGGCUGCUGAGCAGCUGCAGGACAUCCUGGGGGAGGAAGAUGAGGCUCCCAACCCCACCCUCUUCACAGAGAUGGACACUCUACAGCAUGAUGGGGACCAGAUGGAAUGGAAGGAGUCAGCCAGGUGGAUAAAAUUCGAAGAAAAGGUGGAAGAAGGAGGAGAACGCUGGAGCAAGCCCCACGUGUCCACGCUGUCCCUGCACAGCCUCUUCGAGCUCCGCACCUGCCUGCAGACGGGGACAGUGCUGCUGGACCUGGACAGCGGCUCCCUACCACAGAUCAUAGAUGAUGUCAUUGAGAAGCAGAUAGAGGACGGGCUUCUGCGACCAGAACUCCGGGAAAGGGUCAGCUACGUGCUCCUGAGGAAGCAUCGUCACCAAACCAAGAAGCCCAUCCACCGCUCCCUUGCAGACAUUGGGAAGUCGGUGUCCACUACAAAUCGCAGCUCUGCCAGGAGCCCCUCGGCAGGCCCAGCUCUGCACCGUUCCACCGAGGACCUGAGGAUUCGGCACAGCACCAGCUACGGACAUCUCUGUCACGCCCAGAGUAGAAGCAUGAAUGACAUCUCUCACACCCCAAACACAGACCAGCGGAGAAACAAAUUCAUGAAGAAGAUUCCCAAGGACUCAGAAGCCUCCAAUGUGCUUGUGGGCGAGGUGGAUUUCCUGGACCAGCCAUUCAUUGCGUUUGUUCGUCUUGUCCAGUCUGCCAUGCUGGGAGGGGUGACAGAAGUGCCUGUCCCCACCAGGUUUCUGUUCAUUCUUCUAGGACCUUCUGGGAGAGCAAAGUCCUAUAAUGAGAUUGGCCGAGCCAUUGCAACCCUCAUGGUGGAUGAUCUCUUCAGCGACGUGGCUUAUAAAGCCCGGAACCGAGAAGAUCUCAUUGCAGGAAUUGAUGAAUUUCUAGAUGAGGUCAUUGUCCUUCCCCCUGGAGAAUGGGAUCCAAACAUCAGAAUUGAGCCACCCAAGAAAGUUCCCUCAGCUGACAAGAGGAAAUCUGUAUUCUCUUUGGCAGAGCUGGGCCAGAUGAACGGCUCUGCGGGCGGAGGCGGUGCCUCGGCUGGAGGAGGUGGCGGUGGCGGAGGGGCAGGAGGCAGCGGGGCCGGCGGAGUGGGCAGUGGAGACGAGGCUGAGAUGCCAGCUGUGCAUGAAAUCGGGGAGGAGCUGAUCUGGACCGGAAGGUUCUUUGGGGGACUACGCCUGGACGUCAAGCGGAAGCUGCCCUGGUUCCCAAGUGACUUCUAUGACGGCUUCCACAUCCAGUCCAUCUCCGCAGUCCUGUUCAUCUACCUGGGCUGUAUCACCAACGCCAUCACCUUCGGCGGGCUUCUGGGGGAUGCCACGGACAAUUACCAGGGAGUAAUGGAGAGCUUCCUGGGCACUGCCAUGGCUGGUGCCUUGUUCUGCCUCUUCUCGGGGCAGCCCCUCAUCAUCCUCAGCAGCACGGGACCCAUUCUCAUCUUCGAGAAGCUCCUCUUUGACUUCAGCAAGGCCAAUGGCCUGGACUACAUGGAGUUCCGCCUCUGGAUUGGCCUGCACUCAGCCAUCCAGUGCCUUAUCCUGGUGGCCACAGAUGCCAGCUUUAUCAUCAAGUAUAUCACCCGCUUCACUGAAGAGGGCUUCUCCACCCUCAUCAGCUUCAUCUUCAUCUAUGACGCCAUCAAAAAGAUGAUUGGUGCCUUCAGCUACUAUCCCAUUAACACGGACUUCAAGCCUGACUCCAUCACCACCUACAGAUGCGAGUGUGUCGCUCCUGACACAGUGAAUACAACCACGGUCAAUGCCUCAGCCCUGCUGGCACCAAACACCAACACGUCUCUGUACACCCCCCUUAACCUCACAGCGCUGGACUGGUCCCUGCUGAGCAAGAAAGAGUGUCUGAGCUAUGGUGGGCGCCUGCUCGGGAACUCCUGCCGGUUCAUCCCAGACCUGGCCCUCUUGUCCUUCAUCCUUUUCUUCGGGACUUACUCCAUGACCUUGACUCUGAAGAAAUUCAAAUUCAGCCGCUACUUUCCUACCAAGGUCCGGACCCUGGUGGCUGACUUUUCCAUUGUUUUCUCCAUUUUGCUGUUUUGUGGAAUCGAUGCCUGUUUUGGCCUGCAAACCCCCAAGCUGCACGUGCCUAACGUCAUCAAGCCCACACGGCCUGACCGAGGCUGGUUUGUUGCCCCCUUUGGGAAGAACCCUUGGUGGGUGUACCCUGCGAGCAUCCUGCCCGCCCUGCUGGUGACCAUUCUGAUCUUCAUGGACCAGCAGAUCACCGCUGUCAUUGUCAACCGGAAGGAGAACAAGCUGAAGAAGGCCGCAGGCUACCAUCUGGACCUGUUCUGGGUGGGCAUCCUCAUGGCGCUGUGCUCCUUCACGGGGCUCCCCUGGUAUGUGGCUGCCACGGUCAUCUCCAUUGCUCACAUCGACAGCCUCAAGAUGGAGACGGAGACCAGUGCCCCGGGGGAGCAGCCUCAGUUCCUGGGAGUCAGGGAGCAGAGAGUGACUGGCAUCAUGGUCUUCAUCCUGACAGGCAUCUCCGUCUUCCUGGCUCCUAUUCUAAAGUACAUCCCUAUGCCAGUGCUCUAUGGCGUCUUCCUCUACAUGGGUGUGGCCUCGCUGAAUGGCAUCCAGUUCUGGGACCGCUGUAAGCUUUUCCUCAUGCCAGCCAAGCACCAGCCGGACCACGCCUUCCUGCGCCAUGUGCCCCUUCGCCGGAUCCACCUGUUCACCCUGGUGCAGAUCCUCUGCCUGGCACUGCUCUGGAUCCUCAAAUCAACCAUGGCUGCCAUCAUCUUCCCGGUCAUGAUCCUGGGCCUUAUCAUUGUUCGCAGGCUCCUGGACUUGAUUUUCUCCCAGCAUGACCUGGCCUGGAUUGACAACAUCCUCCCAGAGAAGGAGAAACAGGAGACAGACAAGAAGAAGAAGAGAAGGAAAGGGGCCCUUGACAACACUGAUGAGGAGCCCCAGUUCCUUCCUCCCUCACUUAUAAAGAUCCCCAUGGAAAGUGUCCCAUCCGACCCCCAAAACGGUAUCCACUGCAUUGCCAGAAAAAGAUCUUCCAGUUGGAGUUACUCAUUCUGACUCUUCCUUCAGUGGCUCAGAACUGGAUCGAAGCAUCACCUUGCACUUCAAAAUCGCUUGUCCGGCUUCACCUGCCUUCAGUUACUCACGGAGUCCAGUCUUCAUGGUGCCACAGGUGAAGAUAGAGAUGGAGCCUGACCUUGACCUCACAGACACUGAGGACUAUGGGAGAAAGGUGGGCGGGGAGACCACCCUCUAGCCCAGCACUGCUCCUCCCGGCUGGGAGAAUGUGUCAAGCCCUUCACUUCCUUGUCCACUGUGGGCCUAUCCGUGACAUCCAACAUAAUCAUGAAGCUCUCCUCUUCCCUUUGCAGUUAUUAAAAUACCCAAAACAGAAACAUAUGGCUUAAAAUGCCA